CGUGUCUUUCGCAGCCCCGUGUAUGUUCCAGCACGAGCCGUGUAGUAUCUUGUAAUCAUUCAAAUUUUCUCGUUACCGUUCUUAAUGUUAAUCUUCUGAGUCGACGAUUCGUAUGUGCGUGAGUGUAUCAAAUGGACUUGAUGUUGAAGGCGGUGUCGUUCCAACGUAAAUAAUCCAUUCGUUAGUGAUAUAUCACGGUUAGUUCAAGCGCACACUCUAACCUUACUUGGAACAAAAUUCAGCGGUCUCUUGGUGCCACCUAACCUUUCAUCGCGUUCUCGAACGAGAUACUUGUAUUGUUUGAGGCUGUCUUUUAUGUGUAUUCGAUGAUCCCGUGACAGAGGGGAAAAACGUGCGCGCGUGUAGAAGAACGCGAGAUUUUUUCAACGCAUUGUCGCACCGGCUAUGACGAGAACAAGGACCAGUUCGAACGGAUCGCCGCUGCAGCUGUCGCGGAUGCUGUGAUUUCGUUGAAUGUGGAGUGCGAUCUCGCGUCUCUUCGUCAAGGGCAAAACCGAGGAACCUGCCCCGAGGACGGAGGAUUGGACGUCUGACGGCGUGCCCGAUACAGUCGUCCAUGUUUUCGACGCAAUGGAUCGUAACGCGGGUGACGAUCGACGUAAGGGCCCUGCCGGCGAGCAACAGCACGGCGGAGCCGAAUUCGAACACUUUUCUGACACCUACGGUUCCCGUCAGGCCAAACAACGUGCCUCCGUAAAAUGGCUCCUCUCGAAGGCGUACAACAAUCGAGUGCCAGAAAACCUUCGUGAGCCGUAUUAUGUCGAUCAUGAGGAUCAAGAACACCUGAAGCCGCAGAUCGUCCAUGCACUUUCCAAUGCAGAGCUGUACUGUUUGGCGCUGGCAAACAUCUAUUCGGAUCCAAAUUACCACAAUCAGAAUCAUUGCGGUAUACUUCAAGCACUUGCCAGAAAGGGUGUUUACCUCGCGGAGCCGAACAAUACUCAGCUCACCGAAACGAUUCUCAUUCAGAAUUCACCACUCAAGAUGUCUGCGCAUAUGGCUGUGAUAGAAGGCCUGAUGGUCUUGUACGCGAAGGAAGUAGUGACCGGUGAUCGAGUGGUCUCGGCGAUCCGGCGGUUCGAUCCUCAGGCAGAGAUGGACGUGCCAACGGAUCACGAAAAGGGUCUCCUCCUUUGGAUAAGUCACGCGUCUCACGCGUUGAUCGCCAAGAUUGAAACGGAGGACGGUGCUGGUGAUAAAACCCGACUGCCAGAGCUGCCAGCCGCCAAGGACUUCCAAUCGUUGUGCGACGGUGUCGGUCUAGCCGCUGUUGUGGCGUUCUAUUGCCCCGGCGAGCUCAACUGGAUGGACAUCAGGGUGUCGAAGAGACCGUCGGUGGCGGACGCGUUGCAUAAUCUGUCGCUGGUCCACGCGUUUUGUAACAGAUGCUUACCGUAUUCGAUUUUUCACAUGCAACCCGAGGACGUGACGUACAUGAGGGGGUCCAUGAAGCAAAAUUUAGUCGUGUUCCUUGCGGAUAUGUACAACGUAUUGGAAAUUCAUCCGGCGAAAUGCGUACGUUACCCGGGCGAAGAGAGGGCGAUGCAGUUCUUAGAUGCCUGCCCGCGCAAUAGUCAUGGCGUAGCUCAUAAAAGAAGUCUACCACAGUCUAUAGCUCCGAUACCUGAUCUGAGAAGCAACCUCUCCGUAUCCGCGCCAGGCUUCACAGUUGUGAAAGCACCGUCGUCCUCCUCUGUCAAGAAGUCGCAAUCCUUGCAACAAACUGCCGAAAAUUAUUCUCACGAUGACAGACGAGCGGGGAGCGAAGAGAGCUUCGUAGUCCAUCGUGGCAAAGGCAUUCCUACGUUAAGCUCCGUAGCAGACGAGAAAUCGGUAACUAGAGCAGACGCCGCUGGUCGGCCGAGCAACUGGGAAGAUCAGAGAAGAAGCUCGUACGCUGGCCGACGAUCUAGGCGUAACAGCGUCUCAGACGACUCUCAGCUGACUAUAGAGAAUUUCGGCGGAUCUCAGGACAAUUUGCACAAUUUCGGUAGAAAUCCCGACAAAGAGGUCGGAGCGCACAUAGGAAAACGAAGUACGACAGAACCGACGUUACCAGCGAGGUCCAGCGUUCAGGAUGUGUACGGUAGCGGUGUGCAACAUAUUCUGUCCGAUAACGGAUACGACAAAGAAGAACCCGCGAGAUUGAGAAGGCAAGCUUCGAACUCUAGCUUGGACAACGUUGCGCUCAAGCAAAUUUUACAUUCCAGCGAGAACGAUAAUUUGGACGGAGACACGUCCAAGUUAGCUAGCUUCGCGAACCUUAGCAGACAGAGCUCCGACAAGGGGAUCAAUCUGACGUACACGGAACAGGAACGCGACGAUAACAAGUCGAAUUUGUCGAUUAAGAAACAUGGCCAAACGAACGGUAAUGGGAACGCGGAGAAGAAAACAACGUUCGCGACGUUACCGAACACAACCACGUGGCAACAGCAGAGCAAUCAGCAAUCGCAGCAGGUGGAACAACAUUCUGCCGACGAAAACGGUGGUAACACGAUUAUGGCCUCGCAACUGAAUAAUAUUAGAUUGAAGCUGGAGGAGAAACGACGGCACAUAGAGAACGAGAAAAGGAGGAUGGAGGUUGUAAUGUCGAAGCAACGUCAGAAAGUGGGGAAAGCCGCGUUCCUGCAAGCUGUCACGAAGGGUAAGGUUAAAUCUCCCUCUUCAUCAACAUCUGGGGGGGACAGUCCGGCUGAAAUCGGUCCCCCCACUCCUGUAACCUCCGGAUCUUCGGGGGAGACCCCGACAAGUGUUUCCGAGACGACCCCUGUAACCCAACAACCCUCUCAAGAAAAACCACAGAGACCCUUCUCGCUCAAGGAAAUUAGCGAAGAUGUUCGAGACGUUGAACACAAAUGGUUGGAGCAUGACGGUAAUGCACCGUUCAUUGAAACAAGACGUACUCCAGAUAUUGAAAAUAUGGAUCUCGAGCAGUACCAUCAGUCUAUAUCGCUAAUGAAUACCAGUCUUAGUGAAAUACAAGCUGACAUACAGCGUUUAGCAAACCAGCAAAAUCAGAUACAGCAGCAGCAUUUAAUGACACAGCAUCAACAACAAAUGCAGCAACAGCUUCAGCAGUUGCAAAGUCUUAGUCAGCAACAUAUGCAAAAUUAUGGAAUGACAACCAUAAAUCCGUUAACAUCGAAAUUACAAGAGCCUCAGCAGUCACAGUUCUACUUACACGAUCAGCCACAAUUACAAAGACGAAUGUGGGGUCAACCACCUCCGACGCAAAGUUUAGCAAAUGAAAUGUCUACCGUAGGCUAUCAACAACCAAUGGAUCCACGAUAUAAUACUCAGCCAACCGCUUAUCAGCAAGAUAUACGCUUGUAUCAAGACACACGGAAUUGGGGAACGCAUUCACCUCAACAGAAAGGAUUUGUUUUACACGAUGCUCCUCAGGAACCGAGGUACCUCAACGGUGGGGAUCAUAGUCUUUGUAAUAAUCAAAUGAGUCACCCUGGUUCUACAUAUCCAUCAUCCGCGUCUAUCUUUAAUCAAACGCCACCAUCUUCUGCUAGUCCGCAACAUCGUAAUGCUGUUCAUCGUAUAAGUCAGUUAAUGAGCGAAAGUCCAGAACCAAAAAGGCCAACUGUACAUCACAUACCAAUUAAGUGCGAAAGUCCUACCGAGAAAAGACAAGUUACUGCGUUACAUGCACCUGUUCCAGCUCCACCUGUUGAUGAUAUGAAGCCUCAAAAUAUAUCAUUUAUCGGAAAUGACGAUGAGCUUACACAAGGUAUAAGAGGUUUAAACAUCACGUCUGGCAGCCGCACAUAUAGAAUUCCAUCACCAACUAGACCUUCAAUAUCGCGUAAUUCAUUUCAACCUCAUCCAUCAUUAAGAGAAGCGACACCAUCUCCGUCAGGUACUCCAGAGGUAACACCUUUAGAUCCGACGGAUGCUGGGGAGAAAGGAUUCUAUAUUUGCUUCGACAACGAUGCACCGAAGAAACCGAAACCAACUCUUCGAGUUAAAAGAACAUCUCCAAAAAAAGAGAGAAUUGUAUCGUCGUAUGUUGAAAACGAAGAUUUCACGAUGCGCCCUGAUUCUCCUGCUAGUGCUAUUGAUAGACAGAAGCAAUUGGAAGCUCAGCGAGAUUUAGAUCGAGAAAAAGUGCUUGCAAUAGCGGAAAGAGAGUUUAUGCAAGACAUAAGAUAUAGAGAAUUACAGAGAAAAGCGGAAAGAGAAAAGCAACGACACGAGAGCAUUGAAGAAGGUCGACAAUCCGGAGUUGGUUUAAUAAUCGGAAAUCAACUUGCAAAUCCUGAUCCAAAUUCACUGGAUGAAAUGGAACGAAAGAAGGAACGUAUAAUGCUCUUGUCGUUGCAAAGAAGGCGGCAGCAGGAAGAACUGAAAGAGAGAAAGGAGGUAGAGGCACAAGCACGUCGAGAACAAGAGAAAUUAAAAGCAGAAGAAAAAGCCCGUAAAAAAGAAGAGGAAAGGCAACGAAGAGCGGCUAUUUUAGAACAGCAUAAAGUAAAGAAGGCGAUAGAAGAGGCAGAGAGAGAAGGCAAGGUUAUUGAUAAAGAACUUCUCAAUGCAAUAAAGCCGACAAAAUUGCGCAAUAAGACUGCAACAACCCGACCACGACCGAAGACAAUUCACGUCGAUGCUGGCGCGGAGUUGGAUUCGGGGGCUCUUACGCCAAGUCGCGGGAAAAAGGGUUCUUCUUCGAAUUUAAGUACAGCGUCGCUGACCUCCCCGACGAUGAGGCGAGACUACUACCGAGGCUCGCAGGACAGUCUCACUGCUGCCCAUUUCGAUGAACGACGUUCCGGCCCUCUUUAUCGGGGCGGCAGUCUCAGGGUAUCUUCCGUAGAUUCGCCCGACGACGGUAGAGGUUCUUCGCCUUGUCGAAGUAUGAAUCAACUUGGUCGACGUGGUUCCUACAAAACGUCCAGAGAUGUGCAGGAGCCUCAGCAACAGGUUAGAGGCAGGCCUAAAUACCCAAGUUACCAAAACUUUAAGGGGAGAAAGUCUAAUUCCUUGAUGAAUUUGUGUGGUUCGAGUAGUGAUCAAGACGGUAUGAUGUGUCGAUACACAGAUACGGACAGCGGACUGGGCCGAGCAACGCCGCCAAGGAGAGCACCGAGUCCAGGAAUGGGCAGCAUGAGGCAUCUUCCAUCGCCAUCGGGUCCUGGCUCUCUACCUCCCGGCUUGAUGACCAAGAGGCGGAUGUUCGAUGACGGUAGCAGCGACGUUAGUAGCACGCCAAGUUCAAUGAUGGACUACAACGGUCCAAGAUUGUAUAAGCAACCAACGACCAAGUCAAAUCGUGGCAUUAUGUUGAACGCUGUUGAGUAUUGCGUGUUCCCAGGCACGGUAAACAAAGAAGCGAAGAGAAGAGUUUUAGACGAAAUUGCGAGAUCGGAAAGCAAACACUUCCUUAUUUUAUUUCGAGAUGCUGGCUGUCAAUUCCGGGCUCUCUACUCAUACUGCCCAGAUAGAGAAGAAGUAUCGAAAUUGUACGGUACUGGACCGAAGCAAGUCAUCGAUAAAAUGUUCGACAAAUUUUUCAAAUACAAUUCGGGGGGGAAAUGCUUUACACAAGUUCACACAAAGCAUCUGACUGUGACCAUAGAUGCCUUUACGAUACACAAUAGCCUUUGGCAAGGUAAAAAGGUGAAUUUGCCGAACAAGAAAGACAUGCCUCUCGUCAUAUAGUUUUACACAAGUGUCACACUUAACAUUAUGCUACUACGCCCUCUGUUGUUCAUAGUUACUAUUUUAAUACAG